AUGGUUCGUUUCUUCAACUCAAUGGAGUGGUGUUCUUGGAAUUUUCUAGUUUAUUUUCUCAUCUUCUUGUUACCAGCUCUGCUCUUCUUGCUAAUCCGCCGGAGAUCAAAAUGGGGCAACCAUCUGCUUCCUCCUGGACCACCAGGCUGGCCUAUAUUCGGCAACAUGUUCGACCUCGGCACGAUGCCACACAGGACUCUCACUGAGCUAACGCCCAAGUUUGGUCCUGUAAUUUGGCUACGGCUUGGUGCAAGAGCAACUAUGUCAGUUCAAUCUGCCAAAGCAGCCUCUGAGUUUUUCAAAAACCAUGACCUCUCUUUUACAAACCGCACCACAAAUGAAGCUAGCCGGGUUUAUGACUACCACAAGGGGUCAUUGGCUCUAGCCCCUUACGGCUCACACUGGCGGGGGAUGAGGCGGCUCAUGACGGUUGACAUGGUGGUAAACAAGCGCAUCAACGAGACCGCCUUCAUUCGAAGAAAGUGCCUUGACAACAUGCAGUUGUGGAUAGAAGAGGAAGCCUCUAAGCUCAAAGAAGGACAUGGAGUUCAUGUGGCUCGCUUUGUGUUUCUUAUGACUUUCAACCUUCUUGGGAACCUCAUGCUGUCUAGGGAUCUGGUGGAUCCUAAGUCAAACGAAGGGUUGGAGUUUUUUAAGGCAAUGAAUGGACUGAUGGAGUGGAGUGGGGCUGCAAACAUGGCUGAUUACUUUCCAUGGCUAAGGUGGUUGGAUCCACAGGGCUUGAAGAGGAAGAUGAAAAGGGACCUUGGGAAAGCUAUACAAAUUGCCUCUAAGUUUGUGAAGGAGCGCAUGGAAGAGAGAGGGGUGGGUGGAGAGAAAACUACGGACUUCUUGGAUGUGUUGCUUGAAUUUGAAGGCAAUGGAAUUGAUGAACCAGACAAAAUUUCUGAACAUGAUGCCAAUAUUUUUAUACUGGAAAUAUUUAUGGCUGGUUCAGAAACAACAAGCAGCACCACAGAAUGGGCAAUGACAGAGCUGCUAAGCAACCCAGAGACAUUGAUGAAGGCCAAAGCCGAGCUCACUCAAGUGAUAGGUCCAAACAGAAAGAUUGAAGAGAGUGAUAUUGACAAUCUUCCAUAUUUGCAGGGUUUAAUUAAAGAAACACUAAGAUUGCAUCCACCAAUUCCAUUUCUAGUACCAAGAAAGGCUAUGGAUGACACCAAAUUCAUGGGGUAUUUUAUACCAAAAGACACACAGGUUUUUGUGAAUGCUUAUGCAAUUGGAAGAGACCCAGAUGUGUGGGUUGAUGAGCCUAAUUCAUUCAAGCCCGAGAGGUUCAUAGGCUCAAAAAUUGACUACAAGGGCCAACAUUAUGAGUUGAUUCCAUUUGGAGCUGGGAGAAGAAUGUGUGCAGGUGUGCCUCUAGCUCAUAGAAUGCUGCAUCUUACAUUGGGGAUAUUGCUUCACCAAUUUGAUUGGUCACUUGAUGGAAAUGUCACCAGAGACACCAUGGAUUGGAAGGACAAGUUGGGGAUAACAAUGAGAAAGUCUGUGCCAUUACUAGCAGUGCCUAAAAAAUGCUUGGUAUAGUCACUGAAGACUCAUUUGUG